AUGUCACAUCAGAUUAAUCAGAAGAAGCAAAAUGCUUACAGUGAUGAACUUGUGUUCACUGUUGUCAUUUUCUCGAAACUAGUGAAUGCGACUGGUAUGUUCUUGCUCUCACCAAUUGAAAUGGAAUCUCUACCUAGGGGUUUGGAUGUAGCUAACCCAUGUGUCUCAAAGCUACAAGCAUUAUCGCCGCUACAAUCAAAGAGCUCGAUAGAUGUCACUGAAGACGACUUCCCAAUACCUCCGAGCCCAGAUGAGCCCGUUGACAGGCUACUCGGUCUCAUGACCACUAUAUCAGCACUUUUGAACGCUAAUAAUACACCAAAUGGCUGCAACCUUAAUGUUAGCUACUACCAAGAAUUACUGGAUGACUGCCUUUUGCACAAGGAGCGACUAAUGGCCUGGUAUGCCCGAGAAAUCAAUUCAAUAGGUGGCCGUCCAUCAAUUUAUCCUCCCAACGAAUCUGUUCAUACAUCUCUCCCCUCUGCAGAGCAUAUUUUUGGUGCAUCUUAUCGUUUCCCGUCCCUCGAUAACGCUAGGAUUACCCUCCUCUUUUGGGCUUCCUUGUCAAUACUCCACGGUCUGAUUGCGCAGGUUCGACUUCGUGCAUACGAACAGAUACCAAACGAUGCUAUAGCGGAUGAAGAUCUUGUUCUUACAGAAUUCUACGCCGAUGAGAUCAGCCGAUCCCUUCCAUAUUGCUUACAGACGUCCAUGAGAGCGUGGGGCGUGAGUGUCGCUAUUUUUGGCCUGAGCCAAAUUUGCAAGGUAUACAUGGAGUUUAGACGCCGAGAAAAAUUUACUUGGAGCCAGCAUGCAUUCUAUAUCAUGGGGGAUCUGGGGUUUGAUUUUGCAUUUCGCUUGUCUGAAAUGCUUUGGCAAUAUUGGAGUCUCGGCGAGAAGACGGAUUCCUCUAUGUCACUAGACGCAAGUUUUACAUCCGUAGCAAGUACUGUGGAGGAAUCUGAAAGCCCCACGGGUGCUAUAGAGAAAAAAAAACCUCGGCAAAUCCGAUUUACCGACGAUUAA